GAACAUUAAAACCACCCCGACAAAAUUCACCUCUUUUAAACUCCCUCUGACGACUCGGGGUUUGGCAUCGCACAUCGUCCUGCUGCCGGAUACCCACUCAUCAGUUUACACCUCGCCUCUCGCCUCGAGUCUGCCGGGCAUCACUUCCGACGGGAUGUUCUCGCUGUGAACAUGGAGUUUCCCCGUCCUCUGCUGGUGGAUACCUCCCAGCGUCUCCUCCGUCGCCCCAGCGCCGCCGCCGACCGGCUCCUAGCCGCAUACGCUCCACAGCUCAGCAGUUUCUCGGSGCCACUGGAGAACCGGCUGGCGGCUCUGGACUCCCAGGAGCCAGCGGGACUGCACCGAGAGCCCAGCACCUGACAGACAGGUCCAUGCUUUCCCCUCUCUGUCAGGACCAUGGGGGCUCGGUGGUGUGGCCUCACACUUUCUCGUGCUCCUCUUCCUCUCAGGCCCUCCAUCGGGAGCUGUGCUACAACCCUCCUCAAAUCAGUGGGAGCAACGUCGGCCCAAACCCCACCUACUACCAUGCUGUGUAUGACAUCAAGGUGGAGGAGUACAGCGAGCUGCCCUUCUCCGGAGGCGAAAGCGUGGACGGGGAUCCCUUCGGCCAGGGCACCUCGCCCCUUGUCACCAGCAACAACGACCCRACGGUYCCACUCAUCCGCCGGAGGGGCGGGACGGUGGAUUACAGAGACGUCAUCCUGGCCCACCAAGCACACAAGCUGCACAACACGCCGCAGGCCAAGAGGAAACAGUGGGAAAUGGCGCGCUUUGGAGACGAGCUACCCAACAGGUACGGAGGAGGAGGAGGAGGAGGUGGUGGUGGCGGUGGUGGCGGGGGUGCCGGCGGACAAGGGGGGCCCGGCCGCGGCGGCAGCAGGCAAGGUGGGCCCCCCGGGGCGCAGCGGAUGUACAAGCAGUCGAUGGCCCAGAGAGCCCGGACCAUGGCCCUGUACAACCCCAUACCCGUCCGGCAGAGCUGCCUAACGGUCAACCGCUCCCUCUUCCUCUUCAGCGAAGACAACCUGGUGAGGAAGUACGCCAAAAAGAUCACCGAAUGGCCUCCUUUUGAAUGGAUGAUCCUCACCACCAUCAUAGCAAACUGCAUUGUCCUGGCUCUGGAACAGCACCUUCCUGACGGAGACAAGACGCCUUUGUCCGAAAGACUGGAAGAGACGGAGCCCUACUUCAUAGCCAUCUUCUGUUUCGAGUCUGGAAUCAAGAUCCUGGCUUUGGGAUUUGCGUUACAUAAGGGCUCCUAUCUGAGGAACGGCUGGAACGUCAUGGACUUUGUGGUCGUCCUCACUGGAAUUCUGUCGUCUGUGGGGUCUCAGUUUGAUCUGAGGACGCUCCGAGCUGUCAGAGUGCUGCGGCCGCUAAAACUGGUGUCUGGAAUUCCCAGCCUGCAGGUGGUGCUCAAGUCCAUAAUGAAGGCCAUGAUCCCCCUGCUUCAGAUCGGCUUGCUACUGUUCGUGGCUAUCCUUAUGUUCGCCAUCAUCGGCUUGGAGUUCUACAUGGGCAAAUUCCAUACAACCUGUAUCGAUCCCGUUACAAGGGAGGAAGUGGAUUCUCGACCAUGUGGUCUCAAAUCACCCUCCAGAUUGUGCCCCAACGACUCAUCGUGUGAAUCCGGCUGGAUCGGACCGAACUACGGCAUCACUCAGUUUGACAACAUCCUGUUCGCUAUUCUGACAGUCUUCCAGUGCAUCACUAUGGAAGGAUGGACAGAGAUGCUCUACUUUAGCAAUGACGUGGAUGGCAGCAUGUGGAACUGGAUAUACUACAUCCCCCUCAUCAUCAUCGGCUCCUUCUUCAUGCUCAACCUGGUGCUGGGUGUACUUUCAGGUGAAUUUGCCAAAGAGAGGGAACGGGUGGAGAACAGGAGCGAGUUCCUCAAGCUGAGGCGGCAGCAGCAGAUUGAGCGAGAGCUCAACGGAUACUUGGAGUGGAUCUGCAAAGCGGAGGAGGUGAUUCUGGCUGAGGAAGACACCACGGGGAACUUUGAUGGUUCGAGACGAAGGCCGACCAUCAAAACCAGAAAUAACAAAACAGAGCUGUUGAAUCAAGAGGAAGGGGAGGACAACAUAGGAGACGCAGUAGGAUUUGCUCGCUCCAGCAUAAAGAGCGGUAAGGACGGGACGAAUUACAGUAAGAAAGAGCGACGGAUGCGGUUCUUCAUCCGGAAGAUGGUGAAGACGCAGGCCUUCUACUGGACCGUGCUCUGCCUGGUGGGCCUCAACACCAUCUGCGUGGCCGUGGUGCAUUACAACCAGCCAGAGUUUCUUUCUGACUUUCUCUUCUAUGCAGAGUUCAUCUUCCUCGGUUUGUUCAUGUCUGAAAUGCUGAUCAAAAUGUACGGUCUGGGCAUCCAGCCCUACUUCCACUCCUCAUUUAACUGCUUCGACUGUGUGGUCAUUGUCGGUAGCAUCUUUGAGGUUGUGUGGGCCACCAUAAAACCAGGCACAUCRUUUGGAAUCAGUGUGUUGCGAGCUCUCAGGCUGCUGCGUAUCUUCAAAGUAACCAAGUACUGGGCGCCGCUGAGGAACCUGGUGGUUUCGCUGUUAAACUCCAUGAAGUCCAUUGUCAGCUUGCUCUUCCUCCUCUUCCUCUUCAUCGUGGUCUUUGCUUUGCUGGGGAUGCAGCUCUUCGGAGGACAAUUCAACUUUGAAGCAGGAACUCCGCCUACCAAUUUUGACACAUUUGCAGCAGCAAUCAUGACGGUGUUUCAGAUCCUGACAGGAGAGGACUGGAACAUGGUGAUGUAUGACGGCAUUGAGUCGCAGGGUGGAGUAAAGAACAAAGGAAUGGUCUUCUCCAUCUUCUUCAUCGUCCUCACACUCUUCGGCAACUACACGCUGCUGAACGUGUUCUUGGCCAUCGCUGUUGACAAUCUGGCCAACGCCCAGGAACUUACUAAGGACGAAGAAGAGCAGGAGGAGGCAGCCAAUCAAAAGACGGCGCUGCAGAAGGCUAAGGAGGUGGCAGAGGUCAGCCCGCUGUCCGCUGCCAACUUGUCGAUUGCUGCGAAGGAGCAGCAGAAGAACCACACCAAGCCCAAUAAGUCUGUGUGGGAACAGAGAACCAGUGAGAUUCGGCGGCAGAACUUGAUGACGAGUCGCGAGGCUCUCUACAACGAACUGGAACAGGAAGACUGGAAGGUGGGAGAAGAAGGAGACGAGAUGAAUAACGGGUCACCUUUAAUGAUUCUAUUUUUGCUCUAUUCUCGUGUCUUUCUGUGCCGUGUCUGUCCCAUCGCCCAUGUCAGGGAGCAUCACAGCACCUGCCCCAGCCUCUCAACUACUCGGCCCAUACAGCAGUACAACGAGGACCUCGACAACUUCCGCAACAACAGCAAGCUGGCCAGCGCCCAAGAGCAUCCUUAUGAUCUCCCACCCGAUCACCCAGACCAUCCGGACCACCUCAACAACCUGCUGAACUGCCAUGACGCCGACACCCACACCCUGCUUCACAGCAUGGACAGCCUGAUCUUGACCAGCAUGGCAAAGCCUGAGUACACAGCCAUAGACAUGCCCCCUGUCUACCCCUACCCCUCCACCAACGCAAUCUUGCAAGUGAACAAGAAUGCCAACACUGACCAGAAGAAGAGCGAGGAGAAGAAGGAGGAGGAGGACGAGGGWGAAGAUGAAGACGGCCCCAAGCGCAUGCCUCCCUAUAGUUCCUGCUUCAUAAUGUCUACCACCAAUCCACCCCAGCAUGUGCUUGUCUGUGUCUGCGUGGUUCUGAACGCUCUUCGUGUUUUCCAGAUGGUCGUUCUCGGCUUGUUUCUCCACCAAGGGUCUUACUUUCGUGACUUGUGGAACAUACUGGACUUUAUAGUGGUUAGUGGUGCUCUGGUGGCCUUUGCCUUCACGCCGAGCAGCACCCGGGGGAGCAGCAAAGGCAAAGACAUCAGUACAAUCAAAUCUCUGCGUGUGCUGAGGGUGCUGCGUCCCCUGAAGACCAUCAAGCGUCUCCCCAAGUUAAAGGCAGUGUUUGACUGCGUGGUGAACUCCCUGAAGAAUGUGUUGAACAUUUUGAUCGUCUACAUGCUCUUCAUGUUCAUCUUCGCCGUUGUGGCUGUGCAGCUGUUCAAGGGUCGCUUCUUCUACUGCACAGACGAAUCCAAGGAGUUUGCRCGGGACUGCAGGGGCGAAUAUUUAGUCUAUGAAAAAGACGAGGUGAAAGCCGAGAAGCGGGAAUGGAAGAAGUACGAUUUUCACUACGACAACGUGGCUUGGGCCUUGCUCACCCUCUUCACCGUCUCCACCGGAGAGGGGUGGCCACAAGUGUUAAAGCACUCAGUGGACUCUACUUAUGAGGAUCAGGGCCCAAGCCCGGGAUACAGGAUGGAAAUGUCCAUCUUUUACGUGGUGUACUUCGUUGUCUUCCCUUUCUUCUUUGUCAACAUCUUCGUGGCUCUCAUCAUCAUCACCUUCCAGGAGCAAGGGGACAAGAUGAUGGAGGACUACAGCUUAGAAAAGAACGAAAGAGCCUGUAUAGAUUUCGCCAUUAACGCCAGGCCUCUGACUCGCCACAUGCCAAAGAACAAACUGAGCUUCCAGUAUCGCAUGUGGCAUUUUGUAGUGUCGCCUCCCUUCGAGUACAGCAUCAUGGCUCUGAUUGCACUCAACACGAUCGUCCUCAUGAUGAAGUAUCACAGUGAUGAACCAGACAAAGUUCCUGUAGCUUACGAUAAUGCGCUGAAGUACCUGAACAUUGUGUUCACCACCUUCUUCUUCAUGGAAUCUAUCCUGAAAAUYAUUGCUUUUGGUCCCUUGAAUUACUUCAGAGACGCCUGGAACGUGUUUGAUUUUGUCUCAGUCAUUGGGAGCAUUACUGACAUAUUGGUAACAGAGAUUUGGAACAAUGCCAUCAACUUGAGCUUCCUGAGGCUUUUCAGGGCAGCUCGCCUCAUUAAGCUCCUCAGACAGGGGGAAACCAUCCGGAUCUUAUUGUGGACGUUUGUCCAGUCCUUCAAGGCUCUGCCGUAUGUGUGUCUGCUCAUAGCCAUGCUCUUCUUCAUCUACGCCAUUAUUGGCAUGCAGUUGUUUGGAAACAUAGCUCUAGACGAGGACGAAGAGGAUGCCAUCGACGAGCAUAACAACUUCAGAACAUUCAUUAUGGCCCUAAUGCUGCUGUUCAGGAGUGCUACGGGUGAGGCGUGGCAUGAAAUCAUGCUGGCAUGCCUGGGAGAGAAGAAAUGCGACCCGGAGUCAGGAAAUACCGGGAAGGAGUGUGGCAGCACCUUCGCCUACACCUACUUUGUCUCCUUUAUUUUCCUCUGCUCCUUCCUGAUGCUGAAUCUCUUCGUGGCCGUCAUCAUGGACAACUUUGAGUACCUCACCAGAGACUCGUCCAUCCUGGGGCCGCACCACUUGGACGAAUACGUAAGGAUAUGGGCCGAGUACGACCCAGCCGCCUGCGGGCGCAUACAUUAUAAGGAUAUGUACAGUUUAUUGCGAGUUAUCUCCCCUCCUCUGGGCCUUGGCAAGAAAUGCCCACAUAGGGUGGCCUGCAAGAGGCUCCUUCGCAUGGAUCUGCCUGUUGCCGACGACAACACAGUGCAUUUUAACUCCACCCUCAUGGCUCUGAUCAGGACAGCACUGGAUAUAAAGAUUGCCAAGGGCGGUGCAGAUAAGCACCAGAUGGACGCAGAGCUGAGGAAGGAGAUGAUGGCUAUCUGGCCAAAUUUAUCACAGAAGACUCUGGAYCUGCUGGUUACUCCACACAAGGCAGCCACAGACUUGACGGUGGGCAAAAUCUACGCUGCCAUGAUGAUCAUGGAAUACUACAGACAGAGCAAGACCAAAAAGCUGCAAGCCCUGCGAGAGGAACAGUGCUCCUCCCUUCCUAACCGAACGCCAUUAAUGUUUCAGCGCAUGGAGCCACCCUCUGAGGGAGGGGGCCCCGAGGGCCAGGCGGGGCCAGGCCAGAACGGUCUGCCCAGCGUUCAGCCGGACAACAUCAACAGCAUACCUCCUGAAGGUGGCUUGACUGAAAGCCAAUCAUGGAUGACGGCUAAAGCACAGGAAAUGUUCCAAAAGACCGGGAACUGGAGCCCAGACCGGCCCUACCCCGACGACGUCCACGAGAACCGCCACAAUCCCCAGACUGUAGAGAUGAGGGAGAUGGGGCGGGACGGGUACUCCGACACUGAGCCCUGUCACCCAGUGGAUGGGCAUGGGCGGACGCUCUCCAUGCCCCGCCUCUCGGCAGACAACCAACGGAGGAGACACAGGCCCCGUGGAAAUAACCUCAGUACCAUCACCGACAAUAGCCCAAUGCGUCGCUCUACCUCCAGUCUGGUCCACGGGCGUUCUGGUCGUGGCGUGAGGCUGGACGACUACUCUCUGGAGAGGGUGGUGUCCGAGGAGGGGAGGCACGGCGGCGGGCGCAGGCACAGGGACCGAAGUCAUCGCACUUCGCAGCGAUCGCUGACCAGAUACACAGACGCCGACACAGGUAUCCUAUCUAUUUCAUGUCUAGGUCUGGGUACAGACCUCAGCACCACCACACAGUCAGGUGACCUGCCUCCCAAGGAGCGUGAGCGGGACCGCGGGCGCACCAAGGACCGGCGUCAUCACCACCACCAUCACCGCCAUCACAGUUCAAUGGACAAGGAGCGCUAUGAUCGCCACGACUACCCRCAUAGACACCCSCAGGACCACCACUGGUCCCGGUCCCCCAGCGAAGGGCCAGAYGGGAGAGGUCACAGACAGGGCAGUAGUUCGGUAAGCGGCAGCCCGGUCCCCUCCACCUCGGGGACCAGCACUCCACGGAGAGGCCGCCGCCAGCUGCCACAGACUCCUGCCGUCCCGCGCCCGCACGUCACCUACUCCCCCGCCGUCCGAAAGCCCCUCUAUGGCCCCCCGGGCCCGGGUCGAUUGCGCUCCCCCUCCCCUCGACACUUCUCUCCGCCGGACCACGACCGGGGCUACCACCACCGGCCCCCAUCAAGCCACGCCUCCCCGCACCACGGCGGCUCCUCAUCCAGGCACGGCUCACCGCGCUCGCCUCGRCACCAGUCGCCGCACUCGCCUCUCCACGGGUCACCUCGGUCUCCACACCGGAACCGCUGGAGCGGCCCCCCUCCAGGGGACAGCCUGGAGGGUGACGGGCCCUUCUACGAGAGGGAUUACGAGUAUGAGCGGCAUCAUGAGCCUCCCGCCUACGAGCAGAGCCUCUCCCAUGGCAACCCUCAUCCGCACGGUGGAAACCCUCACCCACACCCACGCUCACCAAGGACUGCUCGUCACGGGCCCCCGCCGCCCCCUCACCCGCAUCCACGUAGGGUUCCUAAUGGCUACCGCUCAUCCUCACCUUCCCCGCAUAGGAGGGGACCGCCAGGGGCGCCGCACCCUCAUCACAGGCCUCCCCAUGCCAGAGGGCCCCGCAAGGGCCUACAUGAACCUUACAGUGAGACGGACGAGGAUGACUGGUGCUAGCGGCGGCAUGAGAUGCAGACAGCAGAAGAUGAUAAGAACCAUCACCUCCAGUGCUCUGGCACAUAUGUAAACUUUGAACAAUGUGACGGUAAAGUUUCGGAGAGCCCCUCUGCUCCCCCUUUAGACUCUAAAAAAAAAAAAAACAUGCAAGGGUGGAGGUAGAGGGGCAGUGGUGCUGCUCGGAGCCUUUUACACAUUUUGCAGAAAAAUCUAAUAUUUGACAAAGCAGCACGUGGUUAUGCUAAUCUCGAGAAAGUCCGGAGAACUUAGUAGGYAAGGCCAGGGCACAGGUUAACCUCUGCCUCUCAGAACUACAAUUCCCACGACCAGCCUUCACCUGCGAGGUCUAGGCUAAAAGGGGAAAGAGAGUCGAGGGAACAGAGGUCCAAGGAGGAGCAUGAGGUUCUAAAACAAUGUGACGGGAUCAUUUCAAGGCCUAACAGGCACUUUGCUCGGACUGGCACCCGACUGCUUAGGUGUGCACAAGCUCUCACUGGCCGGACUCCUUCAGAAAACAGAAAAUAAGCUGAAGUGAGGAGUACACACCGCUUAGACUCUGCUCUAAAACACUUUUAGAGAGAAAAAAAAUGAUGUAAUAAAAAGCCAGGAUCCCCCCCACUAACCCUUACAUGCCAAGCUAUGCCUCCAGAAAAUGAAACUUGAACAAUGAAGAAGACAGUGAAACUUUACAUGACAGUGACAAUUAAAAAAAAUAAAUAAAUAAAGGGAGUACUUUUACUUUAUCUUUAUGAUCUCUGUGUGUCCAAGGCGACAGAACCUAGGAAGCUCCGCCUAUACUGCAAAACCCAGCCAAUCACAGCGCUGGCUGGUGAUAUUCGAUGAGUUUUAUCAUCUCUGUUUACUGUUACGGACUCACUUGAUGGGGGAUGGAACUGCUGUGACAUCACUUCCUGUCCACAGAGCGGCGGAUGCAAAGCCCAACGUGGGCUUCACUUCCUGGAAAAGACACAGCGGGAGGACGGGCCCAGGUUACUGGAGAAGGGGACUGGUCACUCUGUCAAUCCUUUCCCUGAUCAACCCAGCAUACAGAGAAACGGGGACCUGACAGGAAAUGGCAUCACAGAUAUUGGCGGGUGGCAAGAAGACAGGAAAGGAGGGAUGGGGGGAAAAAAAAGAAAAACCAGACUAAUUUCUUCAGUAUUUCUUCUGUCUAUUUCUUCUUGUUCUUCUUCGGACAUUUGGAGCUUGGUUCUUCUGUUGCAUUCGCUCAGCCUACUUUGAUCUUUUUCAGAGUUCAAAAAUCGAUGGAAACCUGCAUGAUUGAUAUAAUCCAUACUAGAGAGGAAAUCUAAGCGGUGCGGGUGGGAGUGGGACCAGGGGGGCUUUAUAGGAAUCUUUAACUUUUAGGUUCACAGAAGUAGUUAUCUUCUUUUCAGACUCUCUCUCUCUCACACACACUUUUUUUUUGUCUGACUCAAAAGUCUUUUUUUUUUUAUUUGUUGUGUUUUUUAACUUGAAACAGACUUUAACAGAUUGACAGGUUUUUCGCUUGUCUCAGUUUUCUGUUGAAAACUCAGCUUCCGCAAAACCUGGCAAAGAGACGAGCAAAAGAAAGUGAAACAUUUACAGGGUCAUGCUGGUGUCCUGUCUUUUGAGAAACACACACCUUUGAGAGAGAGAGAGAGAGAGCAGACAGAAGGAAACUUCUACCACACUUAAGUUGCUAUUGUUGAUUAUAACAGAAAUUAAUAMUGAUUUAAUUUCAUUAAUGUCAAUGCAAAUGAGUGACAGUGAUGAUACUGGUGACGAUUGACUGAAUGUUAGAACCGUUGAUGUAGACUUGCUGUCAUGUUGAUUGGAGUUCAGAUAUGCCGUGUUCAUCUAGUUUUUUUUUUUUUUUUCCAUCCCUUAUGUUGGUAUCCYGUGCUUAGUGAUGUCUACCGGGUUCCCGAUAACCUUCGUGCAAUAUUUUUAUGUUUGGGAAAUGAUGGUUUUACGAACAUUCACUCGGCAGAGUUGCGUGUUGUAACACAGCUCUAAGCGAAGAUGCAUUCUCUCUCCAGGAUAGUGGAGGGCGGAGGUCAGGGGAGCCUCAGUACCUGUCCUGCAGCGACCCGUAGGGUCUCAUCAAGCCAACCCAAAGAUCAGUAAUGUUUAGAGUGAAAAAGUACAACACUUUGAGAAUGUGAAAGCCGAUUUUACAUGUUUCUUCUUCUUCUAGGGUUGACAUCGUCCGACUUAUUGCCAAAAAAAAAAGAAUCUAUGAAUUUCAAAUCCUUUUUURUUUGUUCGUUUUAGCUCUAUAGUUUAACUGUGGGGUUAGUUGCCAGCACUGAAAGCACAGCAUUGGUGGUACAGGGUUGGCGUCAGUCAGUGUUUGAGACGGUKUUUUGGCCACUAGAGGGCAGUAAUCGGCACCCAUUUUUCYCCUUCCACUGGACAGUGACUUUUUGGCCAMAUCCUGAUYUCUCGCCGUCCUGCAGUCGACUUUCCACUUUCUAUAAUAGUUGUAAUAAACAUGAAUCCGAUUCUUCGUCAGGAAACACUGAUACGCCAUGAGAGCUGCCGUAUCUUUUCAUUUGUCAUUCCAUUUUCCCACCUGCCYUUCCUUCAGCCCUUUCCGUGAAGAUACCCAGCCCAGUUCAGUGACUUUGUAGCAAAUCGGAAUCUUUCGCUGCCAAAACAAAAAACAUACAAAAAAAUGCUUUAACAACCAACUUAUUUUUUCUCAUUUAGCUUUUUGUCAGUUCAUUUGAUGUUCUGUUUGUUUAGCUUUUUAAAGACCAACAUUACAGAAGAGAAAUACCUUGGAAUAACUUUUUAACCCCUUWCGUUACGAGGGAUGACAGUUAUUGAAUGAUCAAUAAUUCUAGACUAAAAGAAUAGARCAUAGAUAGACUUAGUUUAUUACCUGAAGAUGAAUAUAGAUGUAAUGUUCUAGAUGUAGUUAUAGAUCAAACACAAAGUAUAAAUAGAGUUGCAGAUGUUUAUUUAUUUUGCGUACUAAUGCUACUUUUUUCACACAAAUUGCAGAAAUCCGAGACAAACCGCAGCACAGACACAUUUUGACUCUAUGCAGACCUUAUUUACAUCUCCAGAGGGGGAACCUGCAGCCCCGCAGCGCUGCAAAAACAAAUCCAUCAAACAGGAAUCGGCACGUAAGAGAUKACGUAAAGACCGGCACCACAUUUUCACCUCGUCACGCUACGUCGCAUCCGCUGUGAGGUUUACUUUUCACGUACAUCUGUUGCUGCUUCUGUCUUUUUCCCGUGGCGGAUCCAUUCUCCCUGUUUCUUGAAGUUUGUUGCCUCCGGGCCGUGAUUUUUUUUAAGCAUAGCAUGGUGAAUCGGAUUGGGGACGGGGCUAAUGUUUUGUCAGUUCGGUGGAAGCGAAGGGGUGCUUACCAUAAAACCUUCUGUCCUCACCAUCCAAGAAGUUACAGCAGGUGAGGAUUGUACUCCAAAGCCCCCUACAGAGCCACAGUGCCUUCUGUAUCUGAGUCACAUUCAUCACCCCCCAUGAGCCCCGCCCUGCCCUGCCUGCCUCCCCAGUCACAGUUGCUCUCGUCAGUAACCCCUYGCCCCCUCCUUGUGCAGUCGACGUGAUCCACCACGCUACGCCUUAAGAUCAAAUCUCACCGGCUCCCAUGCUAGCAUUCAAAACGGGGAGUGUGACGAUUUUGAGACUGGGCCACUGUCAGGAAGCAAGUCAAGAGACUAGGCUAGAUGCACAUUCAGAAUGGGCUGAACUAUUUAAUAUCUCCCAUUCAGGGUCUCAGUUUUGUAACAGCUACCAAAAAAAGAAAAGAAAAAGAAAACCUUCACAGUUUCAAUCUGAGCCUUGCGRUUUUUGGCUUUUGAAGACGCAACGGCCAUCGUCUCCAGAUCCCGCUAGCUGGCUAGCCCCUUUUGGCUUCGGCAUGGCUCCAGUUUAUGUCCGUCCCACAGUUGUCCUGUGUACAGUUUCCUGAUGAUGUACUUAGAGGUUUACAGAGGUGCGAAGCUGUUUGCUUACUUCUCAGGUCCUCUAGAGCUAGGUAGCUAGUUAGACCACGUAGGGAAGAAACCGCUAUAGAACAGGCAGCUCCCGGUUUGAGUUAUUGUAUGGUUUUUACUUGGCAUGGUAUCUUGUUGUUGAUCUCACCCCACUCCUUUCACCACAAGUACAUCGUAACACACUUCAAGCUCUUACAUUUCCAUCUAAAGCCUGCAGAAGCGCCGCCGAAACGACGCAACUUUUCAUUUUGGCUCCACUCGCUCGUCCGGAAUUGUAACAGCRGAUCCCAAAAGGCAGACACACAACAUUGCCCUUGUGUGAAAGCAUGUUGUGUGUAUGAGCUUUUUCCAAAAACACUUAUCCCAUUAGUUUGGAAAAAGGCAAACGUGUAGUAUUUUUUGUCUGUUUUUUUAGUAUCUAAUUGCUUUAUGAAAUAUAGUUUAGGAGGGGAAUGCAAGGUUGUUCUUUUUUCUCAGUCAUCAUCUGUCUUUAUGUCUGCUUUCUGUCACUCUUUAUUGUUAAUAUCUGAGUAAUCUUUCUUUUUUCAUUUCUUCUUCCCCAUGGGAUGAAGGGAAAUUAACAAGCGUACCACCCAUCCGCUCAGUCGGCUGUGAAAUUGUGUCAGUGGGUCAUUUGUAAGGUAACAUGUUGACAAAAACACAAAAAGGGCUCUCUUUUAAAAAUAAAAAUAAAAAAUCUACACAGUGGGGAUUAA